CCGCGAUGGAACGACUGUUUUCGCGUUCGAUUUUCGCGCUUGCCGGUACCACGCGCGAACAGUGUCCCCGCUUCCGUCCGGUCCCGUAUCCCGUGCCAUCCCGUAGCACCGUUUAAAGCCCUUUGCACCCUACUCCCCUCCCGCGGUAAGGGCUUUCCCACCGCUCGAAGGGAAACCCGGUGUGGUUAGUGCGGACCGACCGGUGGGACAAGAAGCACACGGCGACACGGCAGUGCGCGGGACAAACGAUUAACGCGGUGUGCUCCAUGCUACUUAGCUAAUUUUCACCUUAACCGCGCCGAUUUUGCGAGUGUUUGUGCGGUGUGUGUGUGCGUGUGUGCGAUCAUUGUUUAGUGUUUUGUUUUGGAACGUGACGAACACACACGGUUCCGGAAGGUUUGCGAGCAUUAAGGGUGCUUUUGUACAUGGAAAGAUGCGAUUGUGAAAAUGUGGCUUAGAACAUGUGUUCCGAGAUUACAGAAAUGUACUGGAAGAGGUGAACAGUGAAGUGUAUGUGUGUGUGUGUGUUGCCAAAUUGAUUAAAGCAUGAAGCGACGGUAGAUGAGGGAAUAGAACUUGCGAACAGGCACCAACAAGUAAACAAACAUUCUAGUGGAAGGAAAGUGCGGAUUUGUUGGCCUUUUCCACGCUGCGUCUGUAAUGUAUCUUGGCCAAACCCCCGGCAGUGGGUAGUUGUUACAAUGGCCACCAUAAUGUCGCAUAAUUUACCCCUGAUACCGCUUCCGCUGAAGGCGGGAGUGGCCCUGGCCAAGGCGAGCCUGAUGCUGCCCGGUGCUGGAGCGGCCGGCGGUUUGCUGGGGCUUGCCGUGCCCCCGGAGUCGAGAAAAUCGUCCGCCACGCCACCCGAGGCACCGCACGAAAGUCCCAAACUGCCGGCGGACGACGAUGAAACCGAUCGGAUGAGCUGCUGCAGCGACGAUAGCGAACUGUCCGUGGGCCAGGAGGUGCCGGAUGAUCUGCGUGCACCGCCAACCCUGCACAGUCCACCGGAUGACUUAAGCAACGACUCAUCCCGCUACUCGAAAGACACUCCCUCGGACUUGGAGUUUGCGGCUCGGCUGCAGCAAACGAGCAUGCUGCGACCGAGUCCAACCCGCCUGCACGAAGAGUUCCUUCGCAAUUCGCAGCUCUACGCCGAGGAGCUGAUGCGCCAGCAGAUGCAGAUUGUAGCGGCCGCCCGGGGACUUACCAUGAGCCCGGCCAAAGCGGCGCUCGGUGGGCUGCAGUCCGACCGUAGUCCAACACCGGGCGAACCGAGGAUGGGCUUUCGACCGGCGGGUAGUGGCAAUCGGAGUGAUUUCUACCGCCAGGAUGCAUCCUCCCCAGGGGAAGGGGCAGGAAGCUUCCGCGGCAUCCAUUCGCAUCUCAGCGCAAUAUCGCAAAUCACGCAAAAUCUCAACAGCGACCUCUCGAAGCUAACGUCACCGACGGCGUUCCGUACGUCGCGCGAAAGCUCCCAGUCACCUCCGUCGGCGGGGGCAAACCUUCACGGGCUGCAUCAACUCCACCAGCAGCAGCAGCAGCAGCAGCAACACCAGCUGGCUCAGCAGCAGCAUCACCAUCAUCAGCUAGCGCUGGCCGCACUGAACAACAACAUUGCCGUGGCGCUGAACGACCAAAGCCUCAAGUUUAGCAUCGACAACAUCCUGAAGGCAGACUUUGGCCGCCGCAUCACCGAUCCACUGCUGCUGAAGCGAACUUCCAAGAGUGGCCAACAGCACCAUGGGCCGUCUGGGGCGGGAGCAGCGGGCAGCAGAAAGCCGGCCAGCAAAAGCCCGUCGGCAAUCGAUCUCAGCGGUGGCGAGCAAGGUUCCUCCACGGCGACGCUAGCGCCCCUGUUGGCCGGUACGGGAAGUGGCGUGCCGUGCAGCAUAGCGAGCGCACUGUCGACGGUGAAACAGUUCUGCACGGCGGUUAGCACGACGACGACCAGCAGCAGCAGGGCCAGUUCGGGAUCGGUCAGCUCGGUCGGUUCGGUGGGCAGCGAGGACGUUAGCCCGAUAUCGCCCCUCUCGUCGACGGGUUCGCUGAAGGGUGCGGACCAUCAAUCGGGUGGCCAAGGUGGUGCGAGUGCAACGGGAGCGAAUGGUGGUGCUAGUGGUGGUGGUGGAAGUGCUGGGUCCAGUUCCGGGUCUGGCAGCUCGGGAUCCGGUUCCGGUGGGCCGAUGGUGUGGCCGGCCUGGGUGUACUGCACGCGGUACAGCGAUCGACCUAGUUCAGGAAGAAGUCCACGGACGCGCAAACCAAAGAAAAGCCCGGCGGAAAAGAGUAGCAGCGGCCCGGCACAACAGAGUGCCUCCGCGGCGGCCCUCGCCGACGACAAGCGACCCCGGACGGCGUUCAGCGGGCCCCAGCUGGCACGAUUAAAGCACGAGUUUGCCGAGAAUCGGUACCUUACCGAGCGCCGUCGCCAGCAGUUGAGUGCGGAGCUGGGGCUGAACGAGGCACAGAUCAAGAUCUGGUUCCAGAACAAGCGCGCCAAAAUCAAGAAAUCGUCCGGCCAGAAGAACCCACUCGCCCUCCAGCUGAUGGCCCAGGGUCUGUACAAUCACUCGACCGUCCCGUUGACCCGCGAGGAGGAGGAACUGCAGGAGAUGCAGGCGGCAGCAGCGGCGGCAGCCGAAUCGCGCACCGGUUCGGCCGGCCCGGCAGCUUCCGCGACGGUAGCGAAUGCGUAAUCUCCGGAUCCUGAUCGGACUGACAAAAACCCUCCUUCGUUGCAUCACUUUAAACACUAUUUAUUAAUCGUACUCCCAGGGUCCGCGAGAUGUAGGUGCAUAACAGAGGGAUAGAGAGAGGGGAAGAGGAGAACGCAUGAGAAACCAUGGCAAUAUGAAGCGUAGCGCAAGCGUGCGCAAGAAGCGAAAUAUCUGUGAUAACUAAAUAAUUGACUACUGUAGUGACUAGUACCAUGGCAUGUAGCAAGUAGGCACAUCAUAUGUUUGACCCUUGUGUUCCGUGCAGUGCAGUGGGCAAUGUGUGUACAGAUAAUCUUUAGCUGCUAGUGUAUGGUUCUGUUUUUUUUUAUUAUUAUUUAUUAUUCAUAAACAAAAACGCAAAGGAAAAGCUGCUCCUUCUUCUCCUCAAACCUAAACCCGACCAUACAAACACGCUUAGCCCUGCUGUAAAUGAACUUAUUAAAACCAAAUCGUCCUAUUAUUCAGACACACAAACACACACAACAAGGGUUCCGAGCGAUAAAACGCAAACCAAAAUUAAGUCAUAUCUAGUUGGAAAGGAGUCCCGGUAUCACGAAAGUUCAGGUAGUCAGGCCCGAAAACUUGUGUUGUUUGUGAAAUUCGUCUCUUUCUAUGAACUUUUACCUUACAGGGUUUCCCACGAUUUAUUGGUUGGUUCCCAUCAAUUUAUGGUAGGUUCCCAUAUUUUUUUGGUGCGUUCCCACGAUUUUUUGGUCGU